GUGCCCUUCAGAUCUUUCUCCCUUGUGCUCCGUCCUCCGUGCUACGCCCAUUCACGCCUCGGCCCCAACCCUGCAAGCGAACGGGUCUUCGAAGGGCUGCUGCUGCUGCUGCUGCUGUGACUAUCUUGGUCUCUGGUGACUGGUGACCGGUGACUGGUGAGUGGCUGCUGCGCGCCUGUCGCUUGUCCUUGUUGGGAAAAAGAGAAAGAGAAAGGCGAGAAAUAUCACCAGCACGCGUCACUCAUUGGUGCUUUGCUUGGUUCUUCGCCCUGAUUCACAGGAACUAACUGGACUAGAGGCCCUUGAAGCCCUGGAUGAGGCCUGGAAGCUGGAGCCUGAGCCCGAGCCUGAGCCUGAACCUGUGCCUGAGCCCCGAAGCACCUCAGAACCUGAAGCCUGAAGUCUGAAAGCCUGGCGCCAGACACCCGGGGCUGCAAAAGCUAAGCUGAGCGCUGAGCACCAGCUCAGUUCCCCAUCUGGCAUCUGCCGCUCCCGCUGGCCUUCAGUUAAACCCUUAGCACCAUUAGUGGCUCGGGCUGUCCACCUGGCGCCCAUCUGGCACCCACCUGGCACUUGCUGCCCGCUUUUCUUGGUUCCCUCCAACUGCCAGUGCGCAGUCUGCAGUGCGCAGUCGACAGUCCAGUGGCACCUGCACCGAAUCCGCAACCUGCACUUGCAACUACUUGCACCUGCCAACCUUCACGUUGACUUGGAGCCAUGGACAACGUCCAUAACACGACCUCCUCCAACCUGACCACCUUCACCUCUUCCAAGCGACGUCGAAAUACUUUGACCAAGAAUCCCCCCCCUUCCGCCUUCCCCUCAAAGGGCUCGCUACGCAAACAACAGUCGUCUGCCGCACUUCAACGGGCCCCGUCAGCUCCGUCCCCAUACCCUCGCAGUCACGACGCCUCACUGUCGUCUCGCGAUUUCCAUCAGAGAACCCAAUCCAGCGCGUUUGCUUCUUCCACAUCCUCGCUUGAACACAGCAGUGGCGCACCGUCCCCCAUCGUCCCUUCAGCAAACUUCCUCGCGUCGUCAGUCAACGGCUACCAGGUGCCGCAACACCUCCCCCUCACGCCCCAGACUUCAGAUGACCGUCACAAGGACUUGAUCGGAGCGCCCUUUGACGCCUCAGGUCUCUUAUCCUCUUUUCAAGCCACCGGGAUGAACGACAAUCAGAAUGCCGGUGCUCAAUCACCAUACCCGCCGCCGUUAACCCAAACCCAUACCAGCCCCGACCUUCGGUCUCAUCCGCUACGGAACUCACAGACCUUUGGGCCUGGAAUGGUGGCUAUGAUGGAAGUGACGCCUCCAAAAUCAGAAAAUGGCACGCUCAGUCCCAAGCGCUUCUCAGGCGACGGCCACACAAAACCGGCCGGCCCAUUUCGCAAGAAGAGCGGCUUCUCCAGUUUCGUCAACAACAUGCUGGGUUCUCCGAGGACCAUCAAGAUCUCAGCCCCAGAGAAUCCUCUGCACAUGAUACAUGUUGGCUACGACAACCAGACCGGGCAGUUUACGGGACUACCUGCGGACUGGCAGAGGAUCCUGGCCGACAGUGGCAUCACCAAAACUGAGCAAGAUCAAAAUCCACAGAUGAUGGUCAACAUCGUCGAGACGUACAAGAACAACCUGGGUGGCAAUGACGACGGGGUAUGGCAGAAGUUCGACCACGCCAAACUCUCCGACUCUCCUCAAAGCAGCAACAGCAGCUACCAGAGUCCAGUGACGCCAAUCAUCGGGACCAGCGUUGCUUCGUACUCCCCCAUGGCUGGUGUAAUAUCACCCCCCGCUAGUCCUCGAUUCCCCCAGAAUCACGAGGGCAGCUUUGAAAACCCUCGCGCCCCGCCACCUGUCCCAAAAGGUCCUCCCGCUAGCGCAAUGGGAAGCAUGAAACCAGGUCAGUCACCAGUGAUGAUGAUGCCCAAUCGGCCUGCUCCGAAACCUCCUGUUCAGAGUCUGCGAGAUAUGGCACCCUCUCGGCCUGCGCCGCCUCCUCCUAUGAGCCGAGACCUACCGCUACGGCCAGUUCAGGAGCCGCCGAAAGCGCAACCGCCGCCAGUCUCUCUACCCAAUACACCAUCAGUUCCCCAAGAAGAAGCUCGAAGUCGGUCCAAUUCGAAAGGACCGAAUGCAACACCGCCGCGCACCCAGCCGGCAAUCCAAUCUCCUGCCCAGUAUCAACAACAGCAAGAACAGGCAAUGCUGCUAGCACAACAAGCCAUUCAGAGUAAACAACUAGACCGGAGUCGAAGCCAGCGUCAAGUUGCGCACGGAGCCCCCGAGGUUCCACCAAAGAUCCUGCCUCAACAAAUCAGCCCCAAUAUUCCACAAGCGCAAUUUGCUGCAGUGACAGCUUCACCAGCCCUCGAAGGAACUCCGCAGGUUGCUGCUGUGCCUCGCCCGCGACAGAAGCGGCAACAAAGCAACAUCGUGGAUGUCACAGCCAGGUUACGAGCGAUAUGCACUCCGGGUGACCCAACCACAAAGUACAGCAACCUCAACAAAAUUGGACAAGGUGCUUCUGGUGGUGUCUAUACAGCGUUCGAAAAUGGCACAAAACGGUGUGUUGCCAUUAAGCAAAUGAACCUCGAACAACAACCAAAGAAAGAUUUGAUCAUCAACGAGAUCAUUGUUAUGAAGGACAGCAAGCAUAAAAACAUUGUCAACUUUAUCGACAGCUAUCUGCACGAGGGAGACCUGUGGGUUGUCAUGGAAUACAUGCAAGGUGGCAGUCUCACCGAUGUGGUGACCUUCAAUGUCAUGAGCGAAGGCCAAAUUGCUGCAGUGUGUAGGGAGACACUCUACGGCUUACAACAUCUGCAUUCUAAAAAUGUGAUACACCGAGACAUCAAAUCUGACAACAUCCUGCUCUCGGAAAGAGGGGACAUCAAGCUAACAGAUUUCGGGUUUUGUGCCCAAAUCAAUGACACUCACAACAAGCGCACCACGAUGGUUGGAACACCAUACUGGAUGGCUCCGGAGGUGGUGACGAGAAAAGAAUAUGGCCGAAAGGUCGACAUCUGGAGUUUGGGCAUCAUGGCGAUCGAGAUGAUCGAGGGAGAACCGCCAUAUCUGACAGAGUCACCGCUGCGGGCCUUGUACUUGAUCGCUAAGUACGGGACACCACGUAUCAAGGACGAGCAAGCACUGUCGCCAGUUUUCCGAGAUUUCCUCCAUUUCGCCCUGAAAGUCGAACCUGAGAAGCGAGCAAGUGCUCACGAUUUGUUACAUCAUCCAUUCAUGCAUAAUUGUGCCCCGCUUUCCAGCCUAGCGCCUCUUGUUCAGUCAGCGAAAGAAAGCAGAGCCGCCGAGAAGGCCAAUAGAGGCAACUGAUGGUUGUGCUGGUCUGAUUCUUGUACAAUUACUAUGACCACGUGUGAUUGAGACGAGCCCUUAUCCGACUUGCCUGUGUUUUUGGACAGACGCGACCUUACACUCGGCGAGAUUUGCUGUCGGCCCCUUGCGCCGGAGUGUUAUAUGCUCAUUUGCAUCCUUCAAAAUGCAUUGUCAACUACCAGAUCAAGACUUGGGAAGAGGCGAUUUACUAGACGCACCGCAACGGAACUUCUUUUCGACACGGGACCCAUCGAGGGUUGCCCACGUCCAUUUACGGGUAUUCUUUUUUCUCGCGCAGCGUUCUCUGCAGGCUGUCAGCUUGCCGUUGCUUUUACGACUUUUAAGGAAACAUUAUGAUCAGACGAGCGGGCAAAGGAGUUUUGUGGAAUAUGGGCAAAGGUCAAUGGGCAAUGAAAGGGUCGGGCCCGUCUGGUGGCUACGCAAUUCCGGGACGAUAGUAUGUAGAGGUCUGAAAAGCCGAGAUGAGCGAGGAAUUUUGACCUCUAGUGUAACAGCAAGGCAGAUGAGCCAUGUAGACGAGAGAGCUCCUCGAAAUAAAGAGCUUCCAUUUUGUGUGUA